AUGUACUCUGCAUUGUGGAAGAAAAAUGGAGAUCAAAUACAUCCAUCUUUUAUGUCGGUGAAUGCGCGUGUCGUCGACUUGGCCGCACAGCUCGUUUUCAAGAAGACCUAUAGCAACAUCGGAAAGGCGUUCGGUGUCGGUCAGUCCGAUGAAGCAACCUUCAAGGCGCACUUGAACACUUCACUCGGUGUGCUCACUGGUUUUGAGAUUCGUCUCGACGGCAAGAAGAUCUCUGCCGAAGUAACCAACCUCGGCGAGGCACUCAAGCAGCUCGACAGUCACACUGCCGCCAACAUUGCCAAGGAAGCCAACACCCAAGAUCCCUACCUCGAAGAGGACUUCUUCAUGUGUCGUCUUACCAACCUCGUUCAGUAUCAGGAGCUCGAAGUCAUCAUCACCUACGUAACAGAGAUGUCGAUGCAAGGUGAAUACUUAUAUAUGGUAUUCCCAACUUCACUUUCACAGACUGAAGAGGAACAAGCAAACAACAGCAGCAACAAUAUAAAUAUUAAACCAACCGAACAAAUACAACAACAACAACAAUCGAUUUUAAACAACAGCAGUAACAACAACAAUAGUAGUAUAAAGCAGGGACUUUCAAUUAAGUUGGAUUUGGAAAUGCCAUCGUCUAUUGUUGAGAUUAAAUCACCGUCACAUCCCGAUCAAAUUAUUACAAAGAUCGGAAAGAAUGGUGAAGAUUCGAAUUUUGGCUCCGUCGAGUACGAGGAUACCCGUCCCAUUGAUGCCGCCAAUCAGAACGAUUUGACCAUUUUGGUCAAGUUGAAAGAUCCACAUGAACCAGCCGGUUUCAUCGAGAGAAAUCAAGACGGUUCACAUGCUUUAAUGUUAGUUUUCUACCCACGUCUCUCUAAUAAUAAUAACACCACACAACAAUCACCAUCCACACCAACCACACAACCAACUAUCGAUUUGGCAACUACAAGUUUCGCAGCUGCCGUACAGCAACAACAACUACUACAAGCGCCAUCCUCACCACUUCCAACCAGCGGAAGUAACACUCCACAAAAGGUAUACCCAUUGGCAACCAGCACCCAAGAGAUGGAGUUGAUUUUCUUGGUCGAUUGUUCCGAGUCUAUGGCCGGUUACAAUUUAAAUCACGCAAAGAAGGGUCUGCAUUUGUUCUGUCACUCACUGCCAAAGUCCACCUUCUUCAAUAUCAUUUCAUUCGGUUCCACCUUUAAGAAGUUGUUUGCCAAGUCCAUGCAAUACGGUGGUGAAAACUUGGAAGCUGCCACCCAAUACAUCAAGAAUCUCAAGUCAGAGUCUGGUGAGACCAACCUUCUUGCCCCACUCCAAGACAUCUACAACGCUCCAGCCGUGCGUCCACGUAAGAUCUUUAUCCUCACCGACGGAGGUGUCUCCAACGUUGGUCCAAUCGUAGAGUUGGUUCGUCAAAACGCUGACAACACCUCUGUUUUCCCAAUUGGUAUGGGUGAAUUUGGUAGCAGACAAUUGGUUGAUGUUGUCGCUAAUGCAGGUUGUGGUGUUGCCGAGUUGGCAAUUGAGAAUGAAACCAUUGAGAAUAAGGUAAUGAGACAGUUGAAGCGUGCUUUACAACCAGCUUAUACCAACAUUAGAAUCGACUGGGGAACCAUGUCCAGCAAGAUGCAAGCUCCAAGAGAUUUGAGAACUUUGUUUGAUGGAGAUCGUCUUACCGUUUUCAAUAUCUUGAGCAAGGACGAAAAGUUCAAUGGUACCGUCAAGUUGUUGGCCAACGGACCAAACGGACCCGUUUCCUUCCAGAUCCAAAUCAAGGGUGACGACGUCAAGCAAGGUGAUAUGAUUCAUUGUUUGGCUGCCUACACUUUGAUUUCCGACUUGCAAUAUCAAUUGUUGGAUACCACCGAUCCAGCCGAGUCUGACCGUCUCACCAAGCGUAUUGUUGAGCUCGGUAUCAAAUAUGGAUUGGCUACCAACUACACUUCUUUCUUGGCUGCCGACGACAAGGAUUCACCAUUGCCACACAACGUUUUGUCAGAGAGUGCCAUGAUUUCACUUCGUGGUUCUGCCAGCGGUAUCCCAACCAACAUGAACCAACACCACACAACCGCUCAACCACAACAACAACAACAACAAGCAUCAACUAUCUCACCAUUGAGACAACUCUCUUCAACAUCACCACCUUUCACCCCAUCCACUUCCAACCUCUCACCAUCAGCACCAUCGUUCACUCCUUCCACUCCACUCUCGAAAUCAACUCUCAAGUUUAACUCACCAGAGUUUGUUCCAAAGAGUUUGCAAGGAGGUCACCCAUCAAUUCCAUUUACCAUUCCAGCUAAACUCGCACCAACUACCACUCCAGCUCCAGUUGCUGCUACCCCAACUCCAGCUCCAGCCACUACCACUACUCCAGUUGCUGCUGCUACCUCAACUCCAGUUGCUGCCACCACUCCAGCUCCAGUCACUUCUACACCAACUCCUGCUCCAGCUGUCACCACCCCAGCUCCAAUUGAAGCUACUCCAACUCCUGCCCCAGCUGCUGUUACUCCAGCUCCAGCUGCUGUCACACCAACUCCAGCACCAGUUGAAGCUACACCAACUCCAGCUCCAGCUGCUGUCACACCAGCUCCAGUUGUUGCCACACCAACCCCAACACCAGCUCCAGCUUCACCAUCAAAGGAUAAUGCUUCAGUCGCCCCAACUACCUCAACUACCACCCCAGCUCCAGCUCCAUCAACUACUGCUGCCCAACCACCAGCUAAAGCUGUUGCUCCAGCUGCCGAUUCACAAGCCUCAAAGAUUGCUGCUGCUAUCCAAGCCGGUUUGUCUCAAUUCGGUAUGGUUUCCAACCCAACCACCUCGACCGCGCCACCAGCCAACAUUGCCGCUGCCAACUCUGUCUCACCACCAUCCGGAAAGAAACAAUAUUCCAUUCAAUUCCUUCUCGGACAACGUUAUAUCGAUUCAAACACACUCAUUCCAGAGAAGCUCAAGCCAUACAGCUCAUUGUUGAAUCAACACCAAAAGCCAGGUGCCAUCUUUGGUCAGAAGGAGAACCGUCGUGGAAAGGAUCGUCAUCACGACAACUUUAAGAAUCAACCAGCUCACCCACCAGCUGUGCCAGUCAAGAAGAUCUUCUCCAAGGAUACCGCCGGUGAAUACUCUGAGAUCUACAAGAAGUUCAAGUUCAAUCUCAAUCGUAUCACCAUGGAUACCUAUGCCACUUUGAUCAAGACAAUCGAAGAGAUCACCAUUCCAAACGAAGAGGUAUUGAAGGGUGUCGCCAAGAUUCUCUUUGAGAAGGCCAUCAUCGAUCAAAAGUACAGUGCAGUCUACGCUAUUAUGUCUGGUCAUCUCGAUGUCAAAUUCCCCAAAUUCGAAAACAACAUCACAUUGAAGCGUGAGGUCAUUCUCAACUGUCAAUCUGUAUUCGAAGAGAAACCAGAUCGUUCCAAGUUUGAAGCACUCUCCAAGGAGGAUCAAGAAGAACAAGAAUUCUUUAUCAAGAGAAGAACACUUGGAAAUAUCAAAUUCAUUGGUGAAUUAUAUAAACACUCUGUUUUGGCAGAAUCUAUUGUUAUUCAAUGUAUAAAGUUUUUGUUGGGUAAAGCUCAGGAAUCAGCCUCUGAGGAUAUCGUUGAAGGUGUUGUAAAAUUAAUUACUACCAUCGGUAAGAAGUUGGAUGCCGAUCCAACCAAGCCAGCCAUCAUGACCACUUUCAGCACUCUCCUCUCGAUUUCCGAGAACGAAAAGUUCUCAUCGAGAGCACGUUACUUGGUACUCGGUCUUUUGGAUUUGAGAUCCGAACGUUGGGAGCCAAAGACCACCGGUAUGUUGAAGGUCAACAAGGACGACCACGACAAGGAAGAGCGUUUCAUCAAGGCACAUGGAGGUCGUGGUGGAGAUCGUGACGACCGUGAUCGUGAACGUGGUAGAGAUCGUCGUGGAGAGCGUCGUGAUCGUGAACGUGAACGUGAUCGUGAUGAUCGUCGUGGUGGAGACCGUGAUUCUACUCCUCGUAAGGGUGGUAUCUUUGGAAAGGGAAGCAAGUCCGACGGUAAGUCCGACGGUUGGGAGAUCGCUGGAAAGUCACCAAAGGACAACAACAAGAAGACACCAAAGAAGAACGAGCUCAACUCGAGCAGCAAUUCCACUCCAAUCAAGGGAGGUGUCACUUCACCACUCAGAAACUCGACCUCUGGUACCAACAAGAAGGACAACCAAAGACAGAAUAUGUUCAGUGUCUUGGAUGACGAUGAUUUCCCACAAGGAUCACCAAAGAAGUCUCAAUUGGAGCCAACUGCCACACCAACUCCUGCCAAGCCAGAUACCAACAACGAAAUCACCACCGAGAAGCUUGAGGAUACUAUUUCCAUGACCUUGGACGAAUAUGUCGAAUCAAGAGAUGUCGAUGAAGCCAUCGAAUGUUUGAAGGAACUCAACUAUCCAAAUCUCUAUGGAAAGAGAGACAAAGAGAAGGAUGCAGUUUUAGAAUUGAUUCACUCUCUUAUCUUAUCACAAAUGUACACUCCAGAGAACUUUAAGGAAGGUUUGAAGGAAGUUUUAGAUAGUAUCGAAGAUAUCGAAAUCGAUCUUCCAUUCGCAUCCAAAUUUUUGGCACAAGUCGUUGGUGUUUGUAUAGAAGCCGAAGUUUUCCCACUCAACUACUUGGAGGAAGCCUACAUUGAUUUGGUCGACAACGGAAAAGCUGAAUCGAUGCUCAAGGAAACCUUUAUGGCCAUCGAGAAUCAAGCGGAUACCGACCGUUUGGCAGAGUUGUACGAAAAAACCAACAACCUCGAUAUCCUCAAGUUGUUCCGUCCAAAGAACAGAAACACUCAGUACUUGCAAGAGGAGUUCUUCCAAGAGUACUUCCCAUACUUGUCGACCAGCAAGGUUGUUGUAUCGUCGGAUCAAUCGGCGGAGCCAACACUCUCGGAGCACUUGAUUUUGUUGCAAAAGGCCGACGGUUACUGGGAGUUGAACAAACCACUCGCCGGUGUCAUCAGUGUGCCACUCUCGAAUUUGGAGAACGCCGAGAAUUCUGACUCGUUGUCGCUCACUCAUCCAAACAUCUGGGCCACCUGUCUCGCCUACUCAUUCAUCCAGAUCAACUUUACCGAGGAGCAAGAGGAUCUCGAGUUAAUCAAACACAAGACACUCGAAUGGUUGAACGCUGAAUACGAACAACCAAAUCCACCAACCAAACCAUUAGACGAAAUUUUGAAGAAAGCUACAAGAUUGAUCAGUGAAUAUUAA